GCAAUCUAACCUAACCUAACUUUUCCAUUCGGGACGAAGCGAGAGGAAAAAAAAAAGGAGAUUGCAGUGACAUGUAUCCAUAUGUUUGAAGGUGCAAUUUCUAGCGGAAAACACACGAUGCGCAUUUAAAUAUCGCAUAACAACACGUCUUGUAUUCUCUUUUUGAUGAAAAUCCCGCCGUCUAACAAUAUCCGUCGAUUUCUUCAUGUUUAGCAAAUCUAACCUCAAAAUUGUAUGCAGGAGAAACAAGUUUUUUUUUCAGAAGACAUGUUGAAAUAUGUAACUAGAAGAAGAUAUUUGAUCAGCAAGAUUGUCACAAAUUUGUCAGAGAUUGAUGUGCGCAAUGGGGGAAGUAAAUGUGUGCUUUCAAAUUGACACUGACAAUCGUGAGAACUUCUCAUCCGGCCUUGCAUUUCAAGCCUUCAGGAAACAGAGGGAUGCUUUUUACGAUAUAUUGAGGAUUUGGGAGGAAAAUCACUUGGUGCCAGGAUGGGUGUUUCAGAUUGCGCUGGGUGGCAGGAUACGAAGUAUGUUGACGAUGCACAAUGACUGUACCAAUUAUUAUCACAUCGCUAGGCUAUUUAAGUCACAACUGCUGAUAUCGUGUAUUAAAAAUGGACAUCAAGAUGUGGUGAAUGACGAGAGUUUGAAUUUUCUGAAAUCCUUGAAACAUGUCAAUCCCGAGAAACUGACACAACUCAGUAAAAGAUUUGUGACUCCCUUGCCGUCACAAAAUCAGACUCUUGGCCCUUCAUUUUCUGGCAUACAAGAAUUUUUUAAAGAUUUUAUAUUACAUGCAUUUCAUCCAAUAUUUUACACCCAUCUGGAAAAUUGUAUCGUACAUGAGAUAAUGGAGCUAAAUGAUACCCAGUUUGCUAACAGUGAAAUAGAAGAUUCAGAAACAAUGGUUGACGAACAAACACAAAAGAAUUUUAUUACCUGUUUAACUAGUUUAAGACUUCUUGCAAAAGUAUUAGGGCUUUUAGUUUCAUUACCAUACAGAUCUGAAUCUAAUACUACUAAAGAAAUUGUAGCAACACAAAUCGAGAUAAGAAGCAAGAUUUUACCAUCGUUAAAUUUGCAAGCAUGUCUUCAAAAUGCCAUACUUGAAGGCAAACUUUCUCUGACUAUACCUUGGACAGUCAAGUAUCUAGCCAUGAUGGAUAUAGUAUCGCUUCGGUUGCCAUAUUACAAGCAGAUCUUAGAACUAUUGUAUCACAUUUAUCAUGCUAUCAAUCAGACCAAUCUUUCUGCUGCUGAUAGCCUAAUCUCCCAACAAGCUGUUUUGUUGCUCAAAUCAAAUCUGUGCUGGUUAUUUGAGCUACCAAAUUAUCCUAAGGAUUACCACAUCGCCUGGCAGAAUUCCUGCAAAGUUAAAGAAUUAAAGAGUCUCAAGCAGAUCGAAAAAUUUUCUGAAAAGAAGAAGAACUCACAUUCCACAGAUUGCGCAAUUUCCGCCAAGAGCAAUCUUGAUAAAUUAGAUAUAAUUACUGAUCGAACGAUGCGUUUAUGCUGUUCGCGAAUAGAAUCGACUCUCUCUGUAUUUCAUGGGAAUAGUACAAAUUUGAGUAUCAACUCCAACAAACAUAUUACACCUGUUACAAGUCAGUUACGUAAAUUAGGAGGCACACUCGAGCAAAAACACUUAGAAUUUCAACUGGAAGAAGCUUUCUUUCACGGUCAACCAGCUUCUACAAGGAAGACUGUUGAUUUUGUUUCUGAAAGAGUUGCAUCAACCUGCGUGAAAUAUAUAUGCAACACCAUGUUAGCCUCCUCGCGAGAAACGAAUUUAAUUGUCUUCAGGAGACUUUUAAUACAACGAGGCGAGAAAGAUGAACAGAGCGAACUGUCGACGAACUACUGUGAAAAAUUUAAGGCUUCGUUCUUGAUUGAAAUAAAUAUGUUGGCGAAUAAAGUGUCAAGAGAUUUGAAAGAUCAGUGCGAGCAAACAAUUCCGGCGAUUUGUGAAACACGAAUCGCAACGUCAAUAGAAUCUCUAUUGGCAGAAGACUCUCUAAUGGCGGUCAAAGAAAUGUGCAUAAGAAUUGCGACCAGAAUGGCGAUGGAACGAAUAAAUCAGUGGAUUCAAUCGCACAUUGUUGGUGGUUCUUUAUUUAUAAAGGAUAUGGAACUUGAAAUUAAUAGAUUCUUGCGGAACAAUAGUCCUGUGCACUCCAAACAAAAAAAAUGCCACAAUAUAGAUGCUCCUAAUCCCACUGCAGUGAUAGAUGAGCUUCGAGAAUUAAUAUGGCAUGUAUUGGAUAAUCACGGUGUGGAUUUAACUGUACCAUCUAUAUUGAAUAUUUUAACUAAACUAUAUCAAGUAUUCAGUGAAAGAAAUGACUUAUUACCAGGACCACAGAAAGUUUUAUCUAAUCUUAGUACUGACUUUGCAUUAUUUUUAGUUGCCUACAGGACGGAUCUCUUCACGCAAGAGACCCAGGACAAAUUUAUUAAAAUAUGGUCAUUGAACGUUCUGACAGAUCACAAAACUGAUUCGCCUAUAAACAGACUCUUGUGUUCUAGAAAUAUCAUGUUGUUGGCACAAUCUCAAAAUGAUACAAUGUGGUCGAUCUUUGGUAAAUUUCUGAAAAGAUUGUUAGAAACAAAUAUACUUGAUGGAGAUAGUCUGAGUGAUCAAUGUGUAGCUUUAUUCAGACAAGAUUGGCCCAUACCAUUGUUGAAACUUUUAUCAAAGUGCCUGAACGAAGCUAUCGAGGGUUAUAAAGCUACUGAUGAGGCAACAGAGAAAGUCAAGUACCUUCUUGGUUGGGUAGCGGAGACAUAUCAUGAGAUUGAAUUUUGCAACGAUUACAGUUUAUAGACUGACGCAUAGUAGGAAGUUUACGAUGCUGCGAUAAUUGGAAAGUACGAUUGUUUAAAUAAUUUUCUGUAAAUAUAAUUUACCAUCUUUCUAUCUCUACGUGUAUAUUGUCGUAAUUUGUCGAGUUUUUAAACGACAUGAGGCAUCCUUGUUCUACGUAUGUUCAAAGAUGCGUACAUGCAAUCCGCGGGUGUGUAUCGAGUAUUUUACGAGAAAGAAAAAUAAAUUCUAAUUUUUUUGUA